UACUUUCGGUUUGUUUGGAAACAGAAAACAACAACAUAUAUAUCUAGAUCUGAGAAAAUAACCAACAUCAAGAGUUUAUACCCUUAUACAUAUUGAAUGUGGAGUUCAAACCUGAUAGGAUUAACAAGAAACAAAAGGUCGAAUGUGAUGUCUAUGAUGAGAACUGUUGAAAGAGACCUUCAAGACCAAAGUGAGGAUGGAAAUGAGGACAUGGAUGACGAUAGUGAAGUUAGCUGUGGUGUUUGUUAUGAUAUUUUAAUAUAUCCAACAACAUUACGAUGUGGUCACAAUUUUUGUCGUCCUUGCUUGGCACAAUGGUUUUCUACCUCAAAGAAGAAAGAAUGUCCUAUCUGUAGACAAAAGUACACAGAUAAACCGGAAAUUAACAAUCUCGUUAGAACAUUGACAGAAAAAGCUUUCAAAGAAAAAAUAGAGGAAAGAAAAUCUACUAUUAUGACACCAGAAAUGAAGAAACUUGUGGAGGACUAUGACAAAGCUAUGACCGUCUCUGUACCAUCUAACUCUAUCAAUUUUAACUGGGAAAGAAACAGGAACAGAAAUGGUGCAGAUUUUUGUUCUGGGAUACUUUUCAUGUUAGGAAUAAUGACUAUAAUCUACUUAGUAUGGUACUGGAGAAACACUGAUGAUGAUUUACUGACCAAGAAGCAUGUCAGACAUUGGACAGUGGAGGAUGUUAACUCAUGGUUAUCAAGUAUGCCGUGGACAGAAUCAUACAGGGAGAAUUUCACCAAUAAAUCAAUUGAUGGACGACUGCUACUAGCUUUAAAUGACGAAGGGAUGACAUCUGUAUUGAAUGUAUCUGUACCAUUACACAAGGCAGCCAUUUUAGCAGCUAUAGAUAGUCUGAGAGAAACUGGAAUGAAACAUCCUUCAGAUCUAUGGGAAUAUAAGUCAAUAAACCCUGGAUAUGCACUAUUUCUAUUAUAUGGAAUCAAAGAUUACCCCAGACUUACAAUCCUGUAUUUUUACUGGUAUGAUUACUACAACAUGUUCCUACCAUUUGUACACUUUACCUGUCCUGCAGAGGAGUAUGUUACCAACCUUAAUAUGUAUGAACCACUAUCCACCAACCAAAAGAUAGAAUUUUUCACCAAGUUAGUUUUUCUACCCUACUUCUUAGUUGCUCAGUUUGCCUGGGAGUUUCUUAGUGUACAUUACUGGACCUCAAGAUUUAUUCUGGUCAAUUGUUUAGCACUGACAGUAAUAGAGGCUGCAAAUGUCAGAUGGCUGAUGUCUGGAGGAUGGAGGGAUACCAUGCAAAUGUUGAAAAGUCAUGGUAAAGGAGUCCUGACAAUGGUACUUUGUAUAAUAGUGUGGCCAAUUAUUCCUAAUUGGAUCUGUGACUUUUUCUUCUAUGUAGCUUUGUAUUUCUCACCAUAUUCGAACCUUGAAAAAUUGUACAAAAUCAUGAAAGGCCAAAACUUGUGAUAUUUCAAUGUAAUGCUAGACCAAGUGCUUCAUUAGACCAUACCAAAAUCAAUGUGCUGUUUUAUCAGUUCACUUACUCCUAAAAAAUGUUAGAAAAGCAAAGAUGAUUAUUUUUAAAUUAUGGGUCAUAGGGAAGAAGUCAAUAGUCAA